AUGAGUUUAUCGCCCAAUUCUAGAGAUUAUUUAUCACCAGACAUUAAUUCGUCAAGUCAGUAUAUAAGAAGAAAUUCAAAUAUAGAGAACAUAAAUCAACCAUCAAAUCUACAAUCUUCAUCACAACAUGCUCGUAAAAAUUCAAUUAAUGGGGAUUUAACUCCAACACCAUCUCAUCAACCAGCUCAUACAAUAACUAGACCAAGACGUUCUUCUUCAAUAAUACAACAUUUGGAACCAGAUACAAUAGAUACCAAAAUUGAUCAAGCUUUAAAUCCAAAUCUUAAUGCAAAUUGGGUGAAUCAAAAAGGUGCGUGGUUAAUUCACAUAAUUAUAAUAAUAAUUUUGAAAAUCUUCUAUAAUUUUUUGAACAUUCUUAAUAAUGAUUGGAAAUGGACAAUGACUAAUUUAACGUAUAACAUUGGAUCAUAUAUUAUGUUUCAUCAAGUUAAAGGAACUCCAUUUGAAUUUAAUUCGGGUGCUUAUGAUAAUUUAACAAUGUGGGAACAAAUAGAUAAUGGAGAUCAAUAUACUCCAACAAAGAAGUUUUUAAUGAUUGUUCCAAUUGGUUUAUUUUUAAUUCUGACUCAUUAUUCGAAUUAUAAUUUAAAUUUAUUUUUAUUGAAUGGAUUGAGUUGUUUAUGUGUUGUUAUACCUAAAUUGGCAAUUGCUCAUAGAUUAAGAGUUACAUUAUAUUAG